AUGUGUGAGCGUUACGUUGCUUUGUUAGAUUCACUCAACUUCUUUGCUUGGUGCAGUGUUGUUUUUUUUUGUACAUCACUUCCUGCCUCUUCCGUUUCGCUCACAGAGGGAAACAAAAAUAAGCAUCGGCUCAGGUAUAGUUGA